AUGGACCAUCCGUUGAUCCCUUUCGUGCUACAAAACUUAUCAGAGAGGAGCGGCCGCCAAGAGGGGAUUAUAGUGCGGUACCGCGACCGAAGUAUCGUAACGUACAAUAAAAGAGAUGACACUAUCACCGUUAAGGGAAAGGUGAAUUUUGCGCCGAUUGUAUCUGAUUGUCCGUUAUGUGGUCAGCAAGUAGACCUGGAUUCGUUGAGUUACGAGGCCAAGGCGUAUUUUGCGUUGCUUCAGGAGGCACUUAAGACGUGGCGGGAGACUCACAAACAUGGGGCAAAAAGUGGUCACCGUAAUUCGAUGCAUCUAUUACCUUCGGACAUGAGUGACCUAACGAACCCUUUUAUGAGUUCUGCGACGCAGGAGGACCAAAACCUGAGAAACAUUCCCAAGCAUCUUUUGGUGGAUAAGUACUACGAGACAUUCUUCGUAGAGACCCGAAAGUUGGGUUCCGGUGCGUAUGGGCAAGUAUAUUUGUGUCAGCAUAAGCUGGAUGACCUGACCCUGGGUGCUUAUGCAGUGAAGAAGAUUCCAGUGGGGGAUAGCCGACAAUGGUUACAUAAGGUUAUUCGCGAAGUCAAAAUGAGAGAGGGCCUAAACCAUCACAAUAUUGUCUCCUACAAGCACUCUUGGCUGGAGCUGGUUAAGGGUCAAGCAAUUAAUGCUCCCGAAGUACCCUGGCUAUUCGUCCUCAUGGAAUACUGCAACGGCGGAGACCUCGAAGAAUUAAUAGAAGCUAUCGGAGAUGGACUGACUGACGAGAUGGUCUGGGUCUUAUUCCUAGAUGUCCUCUGCGGCCUUCAACAUUUACAUCAUACUGGCGUCAUCCAUCGUGACCUGAAACCCUCCAAUAUCAUGCUCAAAACCGAAGAUGCCGAUGGCCUUGAGUACUAUGGAACUUGCCACACUUGCCACGCUCUCCUAGCCGACUUUGGUACUGCGGAGUAUGUAAAAACUGGCAGUCGAAGCGGACUCGGCUUCACCGGGACUGUAGAGUACACGGCACCCGAACUCCUCGAACAAGACGACAUGGGCUGCUACACCCACAAUUACGAUUACAAGAGCGACAUGUGGUCGCUGGGCUGGGUGCUGUAUUAUCUAGCCUAUGGCGCAUUGCCGUUUGGCGAAGGGGAAGAAGGACCGGAUGGUGUGCGGAAGCAAUUAUUGGCCUUCAAGGCGAAACUCACAGGCACUCAACUCUCCCCCGCCGACAUUCCCUUUACCGAGACCCACAAGGCAGAAAGACCAGUACCGAUGCGACAAAUCAUUGCGGCCCUACUGAAUCCCGACCCGGUGUCGAGACCGUCUUGCGACUUCUUGUACAACCAUCAAUUCGUUAAAGAGAUCAACAGCACAUUGACAGUCAAGCCUCGCGUCCAACUUGCGGAGUUCCUGAGGUAG